AUGGAAAUUUCUAAAUUAUUAUUGUUAAACUUUUUGGUGAUAUGUUGUUUAGGUUUGAGGGGAUAUUGUGAAGUGAGCGGCGGCGGAGAGCAGCUGCCAUGCAUUCAGAAACUGUUGCCGUGCCAGGCGUAUCUGAAGGGAUCGGCGUCUCUGUCGCCGGCGGUGGCGUGCUGCGUGCCACUGAAAGAGAUGGCAAGCAGCGACGCCCAUUGCCUCUGCGCCGUCUUCAACAAUCAGGCCUUCUUGAAAAACCUCAAUGUCACGCAGGAGGAUGCUCUCAAUCUUGUUAAAUCUUGUGGUGCCAAUGCUGAUAUAUCCAUUUGCUCUAAAGAGGCUGCUGCAUCUUCUGGUCCACCAUCAUCUAUUCCAUCUGCACCUUCUUCAAAUAGUUCGGAAACGAGCGGGCCGCCAAAUCAAAAUGCAGGCACAGGCACAGGCACUCUAUCUCAUGUUGGAGUCUCUUUAUUGUUGCUCGGCAUUAUUGUUUCGCUAUUUUAGAGAUAUUUUUAACAAUAGAGAAUUGGUUAGUUAGUAAGCGCGCAUUUCUCUUCUCCAAUUCUCUCUCUCAAUUACUCGAUCUUACCCAA